AUGAGGAUGAAUUUAGAACUCAAGCCAAAGAUUAUUGGCACUUUCAAAAAGAUCGUUUAGCAAUUGAAGAAAGCCUUGAUGCCUUAGUAAUAGGUUUACUUGAUGAUAACAAAUUAAUUCAUCACAUUAAUUACUGAAUAUGACUCCAAAAAUUUACGUAAUUGCAAUAUCAAAGUUUAAAUGGGAACAGAAUAUUUUACUCUUAACACAAGCGUUCUUGAGAGUAAACAGGAAUAAAAUUAAGUCAUGUGCAAGAUUUUAGAUUUUAAUUAAUUUGCUCAAAAUGUAAGUGGGUUGUCUGAAUAGAAUUGCACUGUCAAUAUUUUCUUAAGCAAGGAAGGCGAUAAUAGAUAUAUCAAGUUAAAAUGCACAGAAAGCGAAAGUCUCGUUACUCAAUCUCGUUCAGAAAUUAAGCUUAACUUCUCAAGACUUCCUUUCCCCGAAGUUGACCAAAAGUUCUUUGGGAUGAAUAUUAAGAGCAAGGAUUUAUCUAAAUUGCUUGAUAUUUCUGCUGCUAAUUAAGGUGAUCUCGAGAUGUCAUUUAACAUCAGGAGCUAAGGAGAACAAGGAACUGGAACUAUCUAUUUCAAGCUAAAAAACCCUUCUAUUAAAAUAGUUUAUGAUGAAGUUAAGGUCUUUGACGUAGACGAGUAAUAAAGUCAAUAGAAUAAUGAGUCUUAGGAAAACGAAAACGAUAAAAGCUGUGUCUAAAACAUACUCUUUAGAAUAUCUCACAUUCAUGCUAAAUAGCUAUCCCACAUCUGUUCAAUCGACGAACAAAUGAGUAUUUCGAUUUUGAGAGACGGUUCUCUUGGUAUAGAAUUCUGGGAAGCUGAAGGACCUGAAAAUGAAUCCACCAUCAUAGCUAUGAAACACUUUAUAGUUCCUAAGUUGGACGACAUGGAAUAUGAAGAAGCUAAUAAAAUGGAUCUAGAAUAAGACUAUGAUGAUUUAACUAAUAACGGAGAUAUAAAAGUUGAAGAAGAAUAGGGAACUAGAAAGAAAAACAGAUUAUAUUCAGAUAGCGAAGAUGAAGGAGAAGAUGAGUGA